GGGGGAACACGACAUUGGCGCACACGUUAACAAGGACUUCAAAAUUGUUCAGCUGUCACAUUGCUGUUCAUUGUUCCUAAAGGGCUCCCUCAUUUGCACAUGAAUGCAAGUAUACAAUGCAGCGCCUCGCCACUUUGCAGUCGUGACAUCUCUUGCAAAAAGUUGGUCAUGACAGCUCAACAGACAAGAUGAUGUCCACCAGACUACUGGCGCUGAUUAAGCCACAUGCAUUGAAGAGGAGUCUACCACAGAUCUGCUCUGCCCAUCUUUCAAGUCUCAGAAGGCAGCAUGAAAACAAAACCACAGCCUUCUGUCAUCCUGGAUCUCGCUUAAACAAAACUGACGAUCACACACAGAGAACAUGGCCUCCUUUAUUGGCAAGUCACAACUGUGGAAGGUUUUUUAGCCUCACGCCUGCUGGGAUUGUGAACGCAGCCCCAGCAUCCGUUCAGCCGUACCUCAGAUUGAUGAGGCUGGACAAACCCAUAGGAACAUGGCUGCUGUAUCUACCUUGUACGUGGAGUAUUGGGUUGGCGGCAGACCCGGGAUGCCUUCCUGAUCUGCGCAUGCUUGCGCUCUUCGGUGUGGGAGCUUUGCUCAUGAGAGGAGCAGGAUGCACUAUUAAUGACAUGUGGGAUAAAGACUUUGAUAAGAAGGUGUCGAGAACAUCCACUCGGCCCAUUGCAUCAGGGGAGAUCACACAGUUUCAAGCACUGGUUUUUCUCGGAGGCCAGCUGAGUUUAGCACUGGGGGUUCUGCUCUGCCUCAAUUACUACAGCAUAGCUCUUGGGGCCGCCUCUUUGUCACUGGUGGUUACGUACCCUCUCAUGAAGAGAAUCACAUACUGGCCGCAGUUUGUUUUAGGUCUCACUUUUAAUUGGGGUGCUCUUCUGGGAUGGUCUGCUGUGAAGGGAUCAUGUGACUGGUCUGUGUGUUUACCUCUCUAUGUAUCUGGCGUCAUGUGGACAUUAAUUUACGACACAAUCUACGCCCAUCAGGACAAAGAUGAUGAUUUAAAAGUGGGCGUGAAGUCUACCGCUCUGAGGUUUCAGGAGAACACCAAAUUGUGGCUAAGCGGCUUCACUGGGGCGAUGCUGUCAGGACUGGUUCUAGCAGGAAUGAACGCUGACCAGACUUUGCCCUACUAUUGUGCAGUGUCUGCCGUGGCCAUUCAUCUAACACAUCAGAUCUACACUGUGGACAUUAACAGACCUGAGGACUGCUGGAAAAAAUUUGCUUCAAACCGAAACCUCGGACUGCUUUUAUUUUUAGGAAUAGUGACUGGAAACUUAUGGAAAAAGAGAAACGAUCAUCAGUACGAAACGCAGCUUAACUCCGUUUCAAAUUAGAAGGCAUGCUGGUUGUGUGACAUGGAAUAAUACUAGGGUUUGACUGAACUAUUUUGAACUGAUGUAUAUGUCUGGUGUAAAAAUUAAAAUGAGUGUCAAAAUUAAGAAUAACAAGGGCUCUGAUAAGAACUUUUUAAAUGCUUUUAAAUUAUUUUAUCUGCAAAUCAGUUUUGAAAAUGACCGAAACCAACAGCUAGGGCUGGGCGAUAAAUCGAUAACGAUAAUUAUCUCUCGAUAUGAAUUUCCUUGAUAAACGAUGACAAGAGUUCGUUAAAAUGUUUAGCUCAAGAUGUCAGGAGUAAAUGACAACCACCAUGUUCAUUAUUACAUCCAGCAACACGACACCUCAAUCGCUCAAUCGGAGAUAUUCUUGUCUAACUUACAUCCCUGCUCCGGCAUUGAAACAAAGAGGGCGGACUGUUACAGCUGAUUUGAGGUAAAACGCUCAUGUCAAUCAAUUAUCGUGGGAGCGGCCUCUGUGGGUGUGACGCCACAACAACAGGCAUCUGAGAAUGGCUCGAUUUGAAAAAGGGGAUUUUAUUUUUUACAGAUUAAUUAAAAAAAGUGUUUGUCAUGUUCUGACUGUAAAGAAUAUUGUAAAGUCACAUUUAAUUGUCUGGUUUUAACAACUUUCACAUUGUAGCAAAAAUCUGCCUUUAAAAUAAAAAUGUGACAUUUAUCGUGAUAAUUGUCAAUAUCAACUAAUACGAAAAAGAGUUGUCAUGAUAAUUUUUUGCCCAUUUCGCCCAGCCCUACCGACAGCCAUAAAAACUUUAAUUAGUGCCAAUAAUCGUCCG